AGCUGGAGGGAUAGAGGGAGAAAGAGACUCAGUCUGUGCCAAUUUUCUUCUCUGCUCCAGAGAGAGAGGGGGAGCCGGGGAAGUGAUAUUUUAGAAACCUUAUCAGAUAAACAAACAUCAGACAGAGACAGAUAGAGGAGAAAGGAAGAGAAGAGGCUUGGCGUACAAAGCAUCCAAAAAGAGAACAAACGAAGACAGGAGGAGCGGCAGAGAGAGAUGUAGUCAAUGCUUCUGUUGCGUGACCAAAGGAAUGAGUCAUCCACCUGCAGCCAGAUCUUCGCUCUGACAAGGGAACACUCUGAUGCUCUGACAACGAACACCUUUGUCAGCCAGCAGCUUUACCACUGCAAAGUCACACAUUGUAAAGAACAGUUAUUAAAAUUCGGAGAUUCAUUUCCAUUUGUCAUAUCACUAUAAAACCAAUACCAUUUUAACGUUAUGCUAUGAGUAGUGAAAGCAAACCAUCUGCUCUACUGUUACAGUCGGCUCACACGUCUCCACUUCAAAUGAUUCACCUCUCAUCUCCAUAACAAAGUCUUCCUCACCUUGUCUGAAUCACCUCCUGAGAGGAUUAUGAGGCCAGCCUUAGCUCUCCUACAAUCAUAUUGUCUCUUGUAUGUGUUUAGCACUAUGUGCGUGCCCGUUGUUGUGGGCUCGCUGCCACCGGCACUGCCGUGGUAUGUUCCGUGCCCUGUGAGAUGUGUGUGUCAGAUCAAGCCAUGGUUCUCCCUGGAUUCCGUCUACCACGAAGCUCCCACAGUGGACUGUAACAAUCUAUUGCUGACAAAGCUGCCCUAUCCCUUACCACUGAACACCCAUACCCUUCGCCUUCAGAGUAACCUGCUAUCAGCACUGGACACUGCCGUGCUACAUGGACUCCCCAACCUCACCGACUUGGACCUUUCACAGAACCGCUUCAGUUAUGUUAAAAUGAUUACUCAGAGUUCACCCCUGCCUUCUCUGCUCUCCAUACACCUUGAGGAAAACCAUCUCACUCACCUUCCAGACGCCUCCUUCUCAUUACUGUCAGCUUUACAAGAACUUUUUCUCAGUCAUAACAACCUCCAUUUAGUUGCACCCGGAGCCUUUAAUGGUCUUAACUCCCUUCGCCGUCUUCACAUCAAUAACAACAGACUCACAACGAUUGACCCCCGAUGGUUCAGGGCUUUGCCUCAGCUGGAAGUUCUCAUGCUUGGGGGUAAUCCAGUCCAAGCUCUACCAGAAAGAGGCUUUGUGGCACUAAAGUCCCUUCGGAGCCUUGUGCUUGGCGGUAUGGGUCUGAGAGGUUUGGCUGAGAAGGCACUUGAAGGGCUUGAAGAACUGGAAAGCCUUUCCUUCUAUGACAACCAUCUUACUAAGGUACCCAGACAAGCCCUGAAAAGAGUUCCAGGACUCAAGUUCCUUGACCUCAACAAAAACCGUAUCAAACUGAUUGAGACUGGGGAUUUUAAAGACAUGGUGAAUCUAAAAGAGCUAGGUCUGAACAACAUGGAAGAGCUUGUAUCAAUAGAUAAAGCCUCUCUAGAGAACUUACCAGAGCUUACAAAGCUAGAGAUCACCAACAACCCCCGUUUGUCUUAUGUUCAUCCUCAGGCUUUUGUCAGGCUAAACAGACUGGAGAGUCUUAUGCUAAACUCUAAUUCUCUAAGUGCUCUCCACCAGAACAUCAUACUCUCUCUGCCAAGUCUUCAAGAGGUCAGCCUACACUCCAACCCACUGCGAUGUGACUGCCUGUUCCACUGGGCCGCCAGGGACACCUCUCAUCCUCGCGUUGAAAGGGUCACGCAAAUGAAGGCAGAAGCAGCCCGGGUGGUUCGCUUCAUCCAACCUGAGGCUACCUUGUGCUCUGCACCCUCAGAACUAAGAGCACGCAGAGUAAGAGAGGUCUCUUCAGGAGAGAUGUCUACAUCCUGUCUCCCAACUAUUCCUGCUAGUUCUCUUCCCUCCUAUGUUGGGGUUCAAGAAGGAGGAAAACUGGUUUUACACUGCCGGGCACUUGCGGAGCCAACUCCUGAACUGUACUGGGUGACCCCCUCUGGACUGAGACUCGGACCUUUAACAAACAGUACGUCCGGAGGUUUGUCAGCUACGGCAGUCUGUAUAAAUGCAACUUCUGAUGGCUUUAACAACAAAUCUGCCACCAGUUACAAGCAUAUGCAAGGCCAAAAUGAUACUGUUUGCCAAUUUUUCAAACACUACCAGCUACUGCCUGAGGGAAAUCUAGAGAUUAGCAGGAUUACAUUCAGAGAGGCAGGGCUGUAUACCUGUGUGGCAGAGAAUGGAUUAGGAGCAGAUACGCGGAGCGUUACGGUAGGAGUACACAACAGAGGGAAAAAUAGAAAAAGGGUGGUGGUGACUAAACAGAAGAAACUUCAAGCCAUCAAUAUAGAUGCAAGGUUAGAGUUGAACAAGGUUGGAGAACACUACGCUAUCUUGUCCUGGCAGAGCAGACAAAACCUCCCUUCUACUCGCCUAUCUUGGCAGGCCGUGCACUCAAACACUGACUCCCACUCACCAACAUACACCACACGGAUUCUUGCAGGCACGCAGAGCUUCAACCUGACUCACCUGCAGGCAGAUACAGUUUACAGAGUGUGUCUACAUCUAGGAAUCAGUGAGGAUGGCUUGUAUGCCAACAGAGGUUCAGGGGAAAGCAAAAAACAUUGUGUGUCAUUCAGAACCCAGUCUGUGCCAGAGCCUCGGUCCGGUCUGCAGUUAAAUCCAGAACUGACCUCCGUAGCGGUCACACUACUGCUUCUUGCGUACAUACUGCUGCUAUCGGUGCAAGGCUGGGACGCCCCACCUGUUGAGGAAGCAGGGAAGCAUCACAAUCCCCUCAUUCUGGAUGUUAAGGGUCCCAAGACUGUUAUAAUCACUCAGAAGAAAAAGGAAAAUAAUGAAGAACAAACAGAUAUGAAAGAAAAGCUGGCAUCAUAUUAUAUCAUUUGAGAUAUUUAUACCCAUUUUAAUGCAGACAUGUUAAAUUGGGACAUAUCUAUGACAUGGAACAUAAAAUGAACACUUUAGCACUCACACAAAUGAAGGAAUCAGAGCAUAUGAUGUAAGGAGAGAUUUGUAUUUAUUUUAUAUAAACAUAAAGUAUCUAUUGACUUUGUUUCUCUGUUGAGAUGUGUUGUACAGAUUGCUUAUCUCCCCUGGCCAGGGAAAUAAGGCUGGACAAUUCUGCUUCGGGUGAAACGAGAAGAAACAACUGAGCCUGAUCUGCCUAUGAAUACUGGACUGAAACUAAAGUUGGCUUCAUUUAGAAAUGGAUAUUUACAGAAGAGAGCAGCUAUGCCCUCUGGGAUGUUGUCCUGUUUAAAGUUAACAUGUGUCACGGACUUGAGCAUACUUUCUCAAAGCUAAUAAAUCUGCUUAACGAUGGGCGCUGAAGGAACUUUCUGCUUGUUUGGACGGUUUAAGGCAAACAGAUGGAUGUACACAGCGCUUUUUGCUUUGCUCUUGGACUGAGAAGUCCAUCUUGCAUCUGGUGAGCUCAUCCCUGAUACAACAUCCCACAUCUAAAAACAUGUUUUGAAAUA